AUGGAGGAGCUGCGGCCGAACCUUGUUGGAGGCCUGCUUGGCGUUCCGGGGCUCCUUGACGAUCAUCAGCAUGAUGCAAAGUUCUUACAGUCAGGAGGAGAAAGUAAAUAUACACCUGAUAAGGGUAGGAAAUGCAGCAAUGCAUCUAGUUCAUCGGCGGAGGAAUUUGGGGGACUUUAUGGAGGGGAGCACGCCGCUACUCCCCCUGCACCAACUAUUAGUCGAACAUUACAAGACCAUUCAGCGGAAGGAGCGUUCAAGAAAUUAAAACCUGAGCCAGGCGGGAACGGCAGCGGGUCUGGAACAUCAGCUCUGUCGCCGUCUCUGGGGCCCCAGCACGCCGGACAUACUCCUACUACUGCCUCCUGUCCCACACCAGCUCGACGGAGACAUAGGACUACUUUUACACAAGAACAACUAGCAGAAUUAGAAGCAGCAUUUGCAAAAUCACAUUAUCCUGAUAUCUACUGUAGAGAAGAACUUGCCAGGACUACGAAGCUCAAUGAAGCGAGGAUACAGGUGUGGUUUCAAAAUCGUCGAGCAAAGUAUCGUAAACAAGAGAAGCAGCUUCAGAAGGCUCUGGCACCAGCAGUUCUUCCAGGCUGCAAUGGAAUGAUGAGGAACAUCCAGGGCUACAGAGGCUAUCAGCCCUAUCCCCAUCCAAAUACCAUAAACCGGUAUCCACAGAUGGGUGGCGGCUCGUAUCCCAUGCCGCAAGGAUUCUCCAUGGGACAUAGCGCCAAUAUGAGUGCUGUUGGGAUGCGACAGGAUACUAUGGGUAUGAGCGCCGAAGACGAGUGGUACAACAAGUCUCUGUCGGCGCUGCGGAUGAACACCGGCCACCACGCGAAUCUGGCCGCUGCGCCGAUGCUGCAGUACCAGACCUAAUCGCUGCUUCACGGCGCCGAAUACUCGCCGGCGCCGGCGCAUGACUUUGCGCCUUAGACUUAG